AUGUUCAACCGAAAAUCCGGAAAAAGGGUGAAAGCACACACGGAUAUCGUAAGAUUUGAUAGACGCCUUAUCGUAUUCGAUACUAGUGGAGCGAUGGAAGAACUACUCCCAAUCAUCAAACUUGUCCACAAUGCACACAAUGGAAUCAUCUCAUGUCUAACGACUGCUCGAGUCAGUAACGCAGUGUUCCUGCUACUUAGCGGAGGGUUCGACCGCAUAGUGAAAAUAUGGGAUGAAGAAGGUCAGCAUUUACACACGAUUUGCUCCUUUACGCAACCUGUAUUAGCCUGGUUGUUGGAAACCCGAACUGAGUAG